AUGCCUAGUACCGGACUCAUUCAGGCAGCAUUCGUUGGCCUUGUCCAGCUCCCAGUUCAAGUUCGCGCUCGGGGCUUUGACGUUCCUGGGAAGCAGCGGCGUUGCUUCCCCUGCAACCAGCGAGUGCUCAGAUUCAGAACUGUGCAUCGGCAGCGGGGCAUAAUUCGAGAACUACGGGCGUGUGCACACAGGGUGGAGAGGUCGCGAGCCACAACGUCGCUGAUGCCGCCCCAGGAAGUUGACGCUGCGUUGGCGUCGACGCUGCGUGCUAGCGGCGUUUCGGCGUCGCCAGAGUACCUGCGCAAUUCUGCGUUCCAUAUUCCUGACUAUGAGACUUACUGCGAAAUGUACACGCGUUCCUUACGUGACCCUACUGGGUUUUGGUUAGAAAUGGCGAGGAAUAACUUCUAUUGGCGGGACCCUAAUGCAAUCACACCAGACAGCGUCUACCGCUAUAACUUUGACGUGCGCCAAGGACCCAUUCAAGUCGAAUGGUUUUUCCGAGCAGAGACUAAUAUCUGCUACAACGCGCUUGACCGCCAUGUUGAACAAGGGCUAGGCAAUAGGGUUGCGCUCUACUGUGAGGCAAACGAUAUGGACGACAUGGAUACACAUCGUGCGAUAACCUAUGCCGAGCUGCUAGAUAUGGUGAAACGGAUCGCUCGAGUGCUGCGUCGACAGGGUGUGCGGCGCGGGGAUACCGUUACGAUCUACAUGCCAAUGGUGCCCGAGCUACCAGCCGCGAUGUUGGCAUGUGCGCGUAUUGGAGCCGUUCACAAUGUAGUGUUUGGGGGCUUCUCCGCUGAGGCGCUUGCAGGGCGGCUUCUCGAUGCCAGAUCGGCGGUGAUCCUCUCUUGUGAUGGCAUCAGACGUGGCCCGAAACGAAUCGAACUGAAAGCGACGGUCGAUGAAGCGAUCGAAAUAUGCCAAACGAGGGAUCCCAGUUUCCACGUUUCUUGCCAGUUGGUGCUGCGGCGUUUGGGUGAAUCGAUGCUACCAAACUUGACGAUGCAGGCCGGACGCGAUGUUGACCUUCGCGUUGCCAUGGAAGAGGCUGUCUCUGGACCUGAUGAUGCCAUUGAGUGGAUGAAAGCCGAAGAUCCGCUCUUUCUUCUGUACACCUCGGGCAGCACUGGGACACCCAAGGGUGUCCUGCAUACCACGGGCGGCUACAUGGUUAAUGCCGCGCUCACAUUCAAGUACUCGUUCAAUUACCAGCCCGGUGAUGUGUACUUUUGCACCGCUGAUUGCGGGUGGAUCACGGGCCACAGUUACGUAGUGUACGGACCCAUGCUCAAUGCUGCGACCCAGGUGCUUUUCGAGGGUGUCCCGACAUGGCCGGAUCCCGGGCGACUCUGGGCCAUUGUCGACAAAUAUCAGGUGACGCACUUGUACACGGCGCCAACUGCGAUACGUUCCCUGAAAAAGGCCGGCGACGAGUACGUCAAAAGAUACAAACGGACGUCCCUCAAGAUCCUGGCCACCGUUGGGGAACCCAUUAACCCGCAGGUCUGGGAGUGGUACCAUCAGGUGGUCGGCGACAGUCGUUGCAAUGUUGUCGACACCUACUGGCAGACAGAGACUGGCGCACACGUUGUGAUCUCGCCUCCAGUUCGUGGCUUUCAACAAAAACCUGGAUCAGCAGGUGUACCGUUUUUCGGUAUUCGAUUGGCGGUGCUUGAUGACCGGGGCAAGGAGAUCCCCUUUGUACCCGGCCAAGAAAGUGAGGGAUAUCUCUGCAUCCGUGAUCCGUGGCCCUCGUGCCUGCGCACGAUAUUCGGAGCCCAAGCGCGCUUCGAGAACGGCUACUUCAAACCGUUCCCCGGCUAUUACAUGACUGGCGAUGGCUGCCGCCGCGACGGUGAUGGAUAUAUCUGGAUCACUGGACGAGUCGACGAUGUCAUUAAUGUGAGCGGACAUCGAAUCGGCACCGCAGAGGUGGAAAGCGCACUGGUACGGCAUCCCGCAGUUGCUGAGGCAGCAGUUGUUGGUAUGCCGCACGAGAUCAAGGGCGAAUGUAUUGCGUGCUUCGUUAUCUUGGCUGAUGGCUAUACACCGAGCGAUACACUGCGCAACGAACUUGUGCAGACGUGUCGCAAAGAGAUUGGCGCCUUUGCCGCACCAGAGCGCAUCAUCUGGACGCCAGCACUGCCCAAAACUCGCAGUGGAAAGAUCAUGAGGCGAAUUCUGCGAAAAAUCUCCGAACAGGGUCGGGACUUGGACCGCAGUGUUCUCGGCGACCUGAGCACCCUUGCGGACCCGAGUGCUGUCGACGCCGUCAUCCAGAGUUUCCUAUCAUGA